AUGUUUGUGCAUCCAUUGAACGUUGCGAUCAGUGAUUCGCAGAACAAGUACCAGUAUGUGGUUUGCAAGCACACUAUCAGCGUGUUUGCUGGUGAGAAGCUGGUGGGCUACUGGGUAGACACGGAUCAGCGGGACUCGCACAAUUCCUACAAGAAGUUGAAGAGCAAUGCCGGUGAUGCGAAGCCGAAGGGCAGCCAAGGUAUUGGUGCUCCAGCGGUGUACUCGUACAUCAGGAACUUAAGGCUGACCUCUGAUGAAGGGAAGCUUAUUGCAUGCGUGGACUCUGAUAAGUCGGUUGUGAUAUUUAAGAUCGAUACCUCAGCUGAAGAUCCGGAGAAGUUCCUGCAAGUGAUGAAGAGACAGCAGUUUCCAAAGAGACCCAAUGCGCUGGCAUUGGCCGAUGAAGACACUACUAUCAUAGUCGCAGACAAGUUUGGUGACGUUUAUAAGCUAAAAAUCGACGAGGAGCCAAUACGAAAGAUCGAUGACCAGAGCGAGCCUAUCCUGGGUCACGUCUCAAUGCUGACGGAUGUGGCAGUUGCAAAGGAUGCUAACAACAAGAGCUAUAUUAUCACUACUGACAGAGACGAGCAUAUCAAGAUUUCGCAUUAUCCACAGACUUUUAUUGUCGACAAAUGGCUGUUCGGCCACAAGGAGUUCGUCUCGUCGGUGGACCUUCCAAAAUGGCAAACGAAGUUCUUAUUUAGUGCUGGUGGUGACAAGGAGAUAUUUGCAUGGAACUGGCAAUCAGGUGAGUUGCUGUCACAGUACUCCUUUGAGGACGCGGUGAAGCCUUUCAUCAAUGAUCAGCAUUUGGCUCCAGCAAGAUUUCAGAAUGAAGAGAACAAUGUCAUCGAGUAUGCCGUUGCUUCCAUCAAGUCAUGCGGUCAACAGCCAUAUGUUGCCUUCUUUGUAGAAGCCACACCUGUGCUGUUUAUCUUACACUGUAAUACCGAAACUGGUGAGUUGUCCCUAGCACAACAAGUGGAAUUCAAGCAUAACGUUGUAUCUAUUUCGAGCAAUGGUAAGAGUGAAUACCUUGUUACUUUUGAUAACAGGGAUGAAAAUGCAGAACAAUUAAUUGCGUUCCUAACGUAUUCUGGUGACUCCAAUAAACCAUUUUCUGUGGACGAGAACUUGAAUAAACUAAACUCGUCAUGGAUAAGCACAUUCAAGCAAAAGGAUGAACUACUUGCAGACGCAGACUCGGUUUAUCCUUUAUAUAACAUCGCAUCCUUGAAGAAGCAUGGUGAACAUUUCUCAUGA